AUGUUCUUCUUCAACUCCACGCUUGCCAUCACGGCCUGCGUCACGGCUGCUAUGUUCUCUAUGGCCGAUUUAGCUUAUGACGCCAGCAUUAUCAACCAGUUGCUCCUCAACGACAACUUCAGGAACUACUUCCAACUGAACUCGAUGUGGAUCGGGCUGAACACAGCCAUGGUCAACGUUGGGGGCGUCCUCGUUGGCCCCUUUACCGGUCCGUUACUCGACUGGGUAGGCCGCAAACGGGCCCUAGUGAUUGGAAACUGCAUAGCCUUGAUCGGGGCAGCUAUACAGUCUGCUGCUCCAAACGAGGGCACCCUCCUUGGCGGCCGCUUCAUCCUGGGCCUCGCCCUCGUGAUAACAGGAGUAGCCGGCCCCGCCCUGGUAGCGGAAUCAACACCAGCAAAACUGCACGGUCUGCUCACGAACUGCAUAAUAAUAGGCCUCCCCAUCUUCGGCACCAUCAGCGCCAUAAUCGCCAUCGUCGUCUUCGACAUCGAUUCCAACUGGGGCUGGCGCGGCGCCCUGAUGGGAGAUCUGGCCGCGCCGCUCCUCUCCUUGCUGUGCCUCCUUUUCGCGCCCGAGUCCCCCCGGUGGCUAGCCCAUAAGGGCCGUAUGGCUGAAGCCCGGCAGGUGCUAGAACGCAUGCACACCCUGCAGGAUCCAGACCGCGAAGCCGUGGUCGAAGUAGAGUACGGCCAGAUAGUGCAGACGAUAAAACAGGAGCACCACGCGCACGAAGCCCACGGCUACACCGGCUUCUGGUCGACACUGGCAGCAUCAGCGGCCGACCGGCGGCGUUUCGCCAUAGCCGUCCUCGUUAAUAUAUUUUGCCAGGUCUCGGGGGCCAACACGUUCCCGUUCUUCCUCACGCUCGUGCUGCAGCAGGCAAACAUGGGUGUGCAUGAGACGCUCUACAUCAACCUGGGCCUCUGCAUCUGGGGCGCAGUAUCCGUCGCCGUCGGGAUCUGGGCGUGCGACUACGCGGGCGCCAAACGUAGUCUGCUAUUCGGCACAACCCUCAUAACCGUCUGUCUUGCACUCUUGGCCGUGCUAUCCCGUCUCGUGCAGUCCGGCCGUUCGUACGGAAUAGGCUGCGUUGCUCUCUUGUUCGUCUUCCAGUCUGCUUCGUUUGGGACCUGGAUGAUACUCUUGUUUGCCUAUCCGCCUAUGAUCUUACGCUACUCCCAGCGGGCAAGCGGGCUCGGGCUGGCGCAGAGUGUCGGGUAUGGGUUUUUAGUCAUGAUGACCUACACCUUGCCGACAGCGUUGGAGAAUCUUGAAUGGCGCUUCUAUGCCAUCAAUGCGGCGUGGAACAUCGGGAUUAUCGCCAUAAUCUGGUGGUUGUUCGUCGAGAUAAAGGGCAAAACGUUGGAAGAGAUCAGUGCGCUGUUUGACAGCAAGGUUCCUUUCGAGGAUCAGGCUGAGAAGGGGGUCAUCGAGGGCGUACCGUCGACUGCGGAACAGGCGGAUUCGACCAGAGAUAAGGCUGAGGUUGACCAGAAAGACAAGAGAAAAGAAGAGAAGUAG